UGCUAACCUGUACAUUUCUUGCAACAAAAUAAUCUGUUGCGAAAUAGGACCGAAUACUCAUGACAUCUUGGAUGGUGUUAAUCAAAACGAAAGAAGAAAGAAGUGUAGACGCCAAAACAGGGUAUGGCACAUGGACAAUAUGACACCAAUGACUUCCUGUAUGAUGCAGUACUUUUCUAUGAGAAGGACGAUCCAGACAAGCGUAAGAUUGAAGAGAUCAGAACAAUACUAGAAAGUGACAGUUGGGGAGUCAACGUCUUUGAUCCACAUCGUAGUGAGGAUGUCAACAAGAUGGACACUUUCCAACAGUCGUUCAGAAACAGCCGCCACGCCAUCGUGUUUCUCACCAAUACGGUUCUACGCUACAUGGAAGAGAAGAAAAAUGCAGAGGCGACGUUUCGGAUGUCAACCUUCCUGUGUAGCAUGUUGUCAAGUCAUGAUGAGAAAAUCGCUCGACGGCUGAUUCCGAUUAAGUUGACCAAUGACAGAACUACUCCAUUUCUGCUGUGUGACCUGAGUGUAUUGGAGCCAGAACAAGCGGGUUUUAGGAGAAAACUUUUCAGGUGUCUCAGUGUGCCACCAGGACCAAACACCCCUUCACAGGUCCAGGCAAAACAGAAGGUACAGGAGGCCCAGCAGACUGUGGUACUGACAGAUGCUGUGGUACAGAGGCUAGCAGUACAGCUACAUGUCCCACCAGAGGUCAUGGCUGACAUACAGCAGGAGUACGGAGGAUGCAAGGCAAGGGCUAUGGAGGUGGUAGACUGUUGGAGAACUCGCUAUGGUGAGGAGGCCUCCAUGGACGAGCUGACUGAUGCUCUGCGGAGCAUGGCAAGGCAGACUCUGCGGAGCACAGUAGGGGCGCCCCAACAGGAGGAACCACGUCGGCAGAGUCCAGUUAGGCUGCAGCCUCCAGAGGAUCUGCCCUCCAAUGUAGGAGUCCCGCCAGUAGCAUCUUUGGAAGCAGACAUGGGAAUUUUGUCCCUAGAUACAGACCAGUCCCAAAGGAAAGCUGCAGGUAAAGAGGACAAGAAGAAAGCCACCAGUUCUCAACGGCAGAAAGAACCAGCACUGUGAAACACAACAGAACACAUCUCUGCAUUACUCUGCAAUAAUGUUUGUUGCACUGUUACGGUCCCAUUUGAACUGGUGCCUGCAUAGAGGGUUUAUCCCUGACUGUGCUCUUAAGCAACAAAUUUGUCCCAGUGGACUGCCGGAUAUUUACACAGAUAGGUUAUGGCAUCCAUUUAUUGCCAGGUCCCAGGCUGAUUUUAACAGCAAGUUUAAAUAAUCAAGGCUCUGGCCGUGCCCAAAAAUAGCCUAGUAUCCGCAAAUGGGACUGUAGCCUAAGUAGAGAAGUGUGUGAAAUGAACAGUUUUCAUUGAUAAUGUUACAUUAUAUAAAGGAGCUUUCAUCAUGAUGAAAUAUAUAUGUUGAAGAUGUUAGAGGGAAAACAUUUGGGCAAUCAAUUGUCAGUAAUAUAGAUUAGUAAUUGUUUAUAAAAUGACUGUAAGUCAUGAGUCUUGAGGACUACAGAAUUUGUAUUUGAGCUUACUUUUAGCUUGUUGUAAUUAUAAGGAAGUUUGACUUGUCUGAGACAAGAAAAAUGGGGGUAAGGAUUAACACUAGCUGGGAAUCAUCCAUAUGGAAAGGGUGGGAUAAAACUGCAACAGGCUGCUGGAUUUUAGACUAUAUAAAAAGCCUAUAACCUGAGACAGGUUAUUGGGAUAGGAGGUGUCUGGCAGUUAUGUCUGUACAGAUUUUAAUGUAUAUUUUGAUCCUAUGGAUAUUUUUAUAUGAAUAUAUACUUAGUGAUACAAUAUAUUUGAAAAAGAAUGAGGACUCAGAAUAUUCUAAACAAAUUUUAGAAUAAAACAAUGUAUAUUUUACAUAUUUGUAUAGAGUGUACAUGAUUAUGUGACCAAGAUAAGGCGAUAUGUCACCACUGGUAAAAUAAAAUAAACAAA